UCUCCUCCUCCGUCCACCCUUCAAACUAAUAACUAGAAGCCUUUGCUCAGAAGAGAGAAACUAGCCUCUCUCUCUCUCUCUCUCUGGUUUCCUGCCUGCUCUGCUUCUGAAAACGCUGAGAUAUACAGAGAAAAAGAGAGAUGGAGAGCAGAAGCUUCCCUGUGAUUAACAUGGAGCUUCUUGAGGGUUCUAAGCGCUCAGACGCCAUGGCUGUUCUUCGAGACGGCUGUGAAAACUGGGGAUUCUUCGAGCUACUGAACCACGGAAUCCCGCACGAUCUAAUGAACAGAGUCGAAACUGUAAACAAAGAACAUUACCGCCGAUUCCGCGAGCAGCGAUUCAAAGAAUUCGCUGCGAAAACCUUAGAUUCCGGCGAAAAUGUCGACGCCGAAAAUCUGGACUGGGAAAGCACCUUCUUCCUCCGCCAUCUCCCAACCUCCAACAUCUCUCAAGUCCCCGACCUGGAUGAGGAUUGCCGCAGGACGAUGAAAGAAUUCGCUCUAGAGCUCGAGAAACUGGCAGAGAGAUUGCUGGAUCUGUUGUGCGAGGAUUUGGGGCUUGAGAAGGGGUAUUUGAAAAAGGUUUUUUGCGGCGGAUCGGACGGAUUGCCGACCUUUGGGACGAAGGUUAGUAAUUAUCCGCCGUGUCCGAAGCCGGAGUUGAUAAAGGGAUUGAGAGCUCAUACGGAUGCGGGAGGGAUUAUUCUGCUGUUUCAGGAUGAUAAGGUCAGUGGACUUCAGUUGCUUAAGGAUGGUGAAUGGGUUGAUGUUCCUCCCAUGCGCCAUUCCAUUGUUGUUAAUAUCGGAGAUCAGCUUGAGGUGAUAACAAAUGGAAAAUACAAGAGUGUGAUGCACAGGGUGGUGGCGCAAACCAACGGCAACCGCAUGUCGAUUGCAUCCUUCUACAACCCUGGCAGUGACGCCGUCAUCUUCCCGGCGCCAGAGCUGGUAGAGAAAGAGGCGGAGGAGAAGAAGAAGGAAACUUAUCCAAAGUUUGUGUUUGAGGAUUACAUGAAGCUGUAUGUUCGCAAGAAGUUUGAGGCUAAGGAGCCAAGGUUUGAGGCUAUGAAGACUAUGGAUGCUGUUAUUAGCUCUCAGCUGAUUCCUACUGCUUGAUUAAGUAAUUAAUUAAUUGGCUGGCAUUUGGAAACAAAUUAGUUAUUUAUGUGUAGGGUCUGGUCUGGUGGUGUGAUUGGAAGAAUUAUGUCUAUGUUUGGAGUAGUAUGUCAUUUCUAAAUAUAUUUAUGUUGAUGUUGUCUAUGGAAAGCUAGCUAUUAAAUUUGUUCCUUAUCGUUUCAGUGUUAUGAGAUGUAGUCUUCAGUUAUUCAAUUCUUGAAUAUUAGCAACAGUUUGUCAA